UCCUCGUCCCCGCAGCGCAUUCGCCGCGGGGGCCCCGCUGCCGUGACGUGAGCGCCGCCUAAAAAGCGGCCCGGCAGCGGGCAGGGCAGCGGGCUGGGCAGCGGCCACAGCGACAGCGGCCACGGCAGCAGCGCCCCGCCGCCGACAUGGUGUCCCCCGUCACCGUGGUGAAGAGUGAAGGCCCCAAACUGGUCCCCUUCUUUAAAGCCACUUGUGUCUAUUUUGUCCUUUGGCUGCCAACUUCCAGCCCCUCCUGGUUCAGUGCCCUCAUUAAAUGUCUACCCAUCUUUUGCCUGUGGGUCUUCCUUCUGGCUCAUGGGAUUAACUUCCUAGUGUCACACCGGAGUGCCAGCCGCAUCCUAGCAGGACUCAUAUUCUCAGCAGUGGGAGAUGCCUUUCUCAUCUGGCAAGAGCAGGGCUACUUCAUUCAUGGUCUGCUGAUGUUCGCCAUCACACACAUCCUGUACUCUUCAGCCUUUGGCAUGAAGCCUUUGGACCUCAAAGCCGGCUUGCUGAUGGGCGUCGUUUCCAGUUCCUGCUAUGCCUUCCUGUACUCCUACCUCUCGGGUCCGUUCACCUACCUGGUGGCCGUCUACAUCGCCCUGAUCGGCUUCAUGGGCUGGCGGGCGGUGGCGGGCGUGCAGCUCUGCAACGACCUGUGGACAUGGACCAAGCUGUCGGCCUGCGUGGGCGCCAUGCUCUUCAUGGUGUCGGACCUCACCAUCGCGCUCAACAAGUUCUGCUUCCCCGUGCCCUACUCGCGCUUCAUCAUCAUGGCCACCUACUACGCGGCCCAAAUGCUGAUUGCGCUGUCGGCUGUGGAGACCAGGGACGAAGAGGACUUCAGGAAGAGGAGCUAGGUGGAAUGCCAAUAGUCUGUGAACACAUGGGUUAUAUCUCAGGUGCUGUAGCUGCAUUCACCCCUGAGAGAGAUCUCCAUUUCUCUAGGCACACUGGUGAUGUUGAUUUUGCUUCUUUGAAGCAUUACCUUUGGGAAUUACAUUAUUUUCAUUGGCUUUCUCUGAAUACAGCUUACUUCAGUGUGGAGUCCACAUCAGAAAGCUUAGACUGUCCCUGCAGUAGUUACUCAUUCAACUUUUCCUCCUUGGAAGUGCUGUACUACUGCAUUUGACUUGUUAGUCUUGAAAUUGAUGCUGAAUGUCUGGGAAGAGGAGGGCUGGUGGAAAGGAGGUUUGGCCAUACACUGUGCUAAAAGGCCUGCUCUCAACUGUAGGCAGACAGGCACAGAUCUCUGCUGAAGUCAUAGGUAAAAAUUAAUUUAACUGAUGUUUGUCUCUUUGUAUGCAUUACAGAAUGCAAACUGGAGCUAUUUCUCUACUGAAAGGAAGCUUGGAGGGAGAAUAAAACAGCAUAUCCAGCUGGGAGCUGAGCUCUGGAGUCAAUGGCAGCGUGUGGGGCAGUGGAACCCAGCUGAACCAGCAUAAAAGCAGAACCCCAAGCUGAGGACACAGAGGGAGGAGCUGGCAGUGCUGUGUGCUUUGAUUGCAGUGCUCACUGCUCCAGGACAGGUCUCUAGGUGCAGGUCAGCAUUGCUGCCUGUGGCAGAACUGUAAAGAGCAGGAAUUUGGUGGGUUUUCAGGGACAUCUUGGUGUUCUCCCUCUCCGUGUGCACGAAGUUACAUAGUGCCUGCAGCCACCAGUGAGAUGGAAUGGGCACAUGAGGAACUUUGAUUUUUAAAGCAGAACUUACUGUCUUACUUGGUGUAUGUUCUAAUUAUCCUUACUAUGGCAGACAGGCAUCUAAUCUUUAUGCUUUUUUUCUCCAGUGUUCUAACAAGUAAUAUACCCAUGUACCCAUUAAGUUUUAGUAGCACUUUCAGUAGUACUUUUAGUUCUGCUGCCUACAGUAUCUUAAACCUUUGUGUGAACAUUUCCUGUGAUCAAGGCUCUGAUUUUGGAUGUAGAUUGCCACGUUUUUCCAGCUGGUGGAAAACAAUCCUCUUUGCACCACUUCUCUUUUUUUGUCAGAAAGCCCCUUUUCAGCAGAGCUUCUGUCUUUUGUGUUCAACACGCCAGCCACUUCCUUCUCAAACUCGCAUGCACUCACAUAGAACCCUGCUAGCUUUUUCCUUUUGUUGAGAGGUGCUGUGUGGGGCUCCUGUUCCUCUCCAGCCUCACCUGGUGUGCCUGGCAGGGAAUAGGCAUUGCCUCCCCACGACUUCUCCAUCAGUGCAAAUGCAGCCAGUAUUACAGAAAUCUGGGUUAGCCAUCCUGACCCCGUGGGGGCAUCUGCUGCUUUUCAGACAGGGAUCAGAGAGGUCAGCUGCAUUAUGGAGAGGGAAAGCACUGUAGGUAGCACAGCCCCUGUAAUCCCUUCCCUUUAAUGCUGUUAUGUAAUACUGUCAGUAUUCAUUCACUGGCACAUGGGGGCCUGCCUGGAGUAAACAGCCAAGGGAAUUUAGAGCCAUACACCAUUUUCAUUCAUCAGCAUUGCUUAUCUCCUGGCCACAGAUUGAACCCUGCAGUGUAGCUCUCUGCAGAUGUCACCUGCUGUUACUCAGCUUGGCUGUUUGCAAAUCUCCUCCUGCAAUGAAAUGACCCAGCUGAGGGGAAGUCUAAGCAUUUGAGGUGAACCCCACCAUCCUCCCAGCAUGUGAGCAAACAGCACACUGCAGUCUUUGAAUCCCAGCUCCUUGGCAUGGGUCAGCACACUCAGUCCUUAGCUGGCAGUUCUUCAGAGGAGCUCCCCACAUCCUGAGCUUCCCUUUGCUUUGAGGGAAAUGCUUGUGUGAUAAAGUAAGCUUUAUUUAAAAGUCCUGAGUUUUGAUUCUCUUUUUUUCCUUCUCUAGAAACAAGUAGUCUUGAACUGCCUGAAAAUAGCUGAGUUACAUUUCUGUGUGCUUUUUCUUCUUACUAUCCUGCUGUACCAUCAGCCACUGGAUACCUGCAGAAAAGAGUCUUGAUGUGUUAUUAGGAGGCCUCUCCUCUCCACUGGCCAUCAGAGGUGCAGUUUCUGGUGGCAGCGGUCUCUGGGUGGGACAGCAAAACCUGUGGAGCCCAAGUGGGCUGUUGUUCCCUUGCUGUCCUGGGACAGGUCACCUGGAAUGAUCUGGCUGGAACACAUUGGCCAGUCACACUGGCUCCAUCCUGCUGCUGCAACAGCUUCAGCCUUCCUGGGAACAUGAGGCAGAGCCCUCAAGCAUACAAAGAAGAGUCCUGGUUGGCUUGGAUGCUUGCUGGCAAAGGCUCUUAAUCUUCAAAAUCUCUCUCUAGCUCUGCAUUCCUCUUUUUAAUCCAUAUUACUUGAAUGAGACCAUUUUCCUGGAGGCUUUUUCCUGCUGGGAAGAGACCAGCUGCUGUGGACUAUGAUCUGACACAAUUUUGAGAUGCCUAAAUCCUGAGAACCACUAAGCAGUUGCUGGCAGUCUGUUAAAUAACUUUUCCUGGGAUUAAAACUGCUCCCUCAACCCCAGCGAGGGCAAUCUUCACUUUGAAAUAGAGCAAAAAACGGAGUGCUGUUCAUCUGUGACAAAAGGUGUUACUGUCUGUGGGGCUGGCUUUGUGGACCCUCCUGUUGCCUCUUUGCCCUGUAAAAUUGAGGUUAAAUCCAUUCUUCUCCUUUUCAGUAGUACGGUUCUUGAGAAGCACCCAGUCUUUGGCCCAGGAAAGUUACAGAGGCACUAAAGCCUUCCAAGUGCUGUAGUGUUCCUGGCCCCAGCAGCAGCAGCUCCUUUUGUUGCUAAGCACAGAGGCUUUCUUUUCACACUACUGUAUCCAAAUAUCCUUCUGCAAACCCUGUCUAUGGUCACUUGAGCUUACACAUGUGGUUUGGUUACUUUCUAUAGUUAUCACCCUCUUGGAGGUCCUUUGGCUCUUUAAUUGGACAAAAAAGAUGCAGUACGUUUACUUCAGCUUCUUUUUGUAGGCAGAUCCUCCUUGCACAGAAUUCCCAGGGUCAGUCAGAGAAGCAGUGCUAAUUGCACCUUGUUUUUAAGUGCUAGUAAUGCUGUAUGGGUGAUGGUCAUGUAGAAAUGGCAGCUCAAGAAGAACAAAGCCAGAGGAUUUUAACUUUAAGCUUUACUCUUACUCUGUGCUGGAUACCUGGUUUCUUAUUCCUCCAUAUUGAGGCAUCUGUAAGACUGAUUGUUUUAAGGAUUACUCUUACAUGGCUUUUGAGUAGAUUGCUUGAAGGUUUCAUGUCAUCAGUGGAGGCAAUUUAUAUAUUUUUACACAAGUUUUUAAAGUUCCCAGGAUGAGCUUGGCAGUUUUUAGUGGCUCUUCAAAGUUUUCCAGUCCUGUAGUUUGAUACUAACACCUGCAUUUUCAUCUUGCUGUUGUGGUAUUUUUGGGAGCUGUUGUGGAAGAAGCAGAUCAAAGCAAACAGCAACUACAGAGCUCGGUGGCAGAUGCCUCUUUCUCUUUGCUUGGUUUCUGAAUACAGACAGGGGGUCUUUUAAGCAGAGACAUCAUUACUGUGUUCUUGGAAGAGGAUGGGAAGUUGCUGACUUCUCAUGACAGAAAUCCUCCUGGGUAGUUCUCCUGCCUUUUAUCCAUGCUCGCUUCUUUUGUGGCCUUGCAUGAGUCACUUAAAUUUUCUGGUGGUGUAUGAGGACCAGUGCAAUGCCAAGUUAUCCCAGAAGGGGACCAGGCCCUCACCCCAUCCUAAAAUGGGGAUAUUAUCCCUUACCUACCUCACAAGGGUAUCGUGAGGAUUGAUGCUCAUAUAGCACUUUGAAGAUGUCAAGUGCUAUGUAAGUCACAAGUAUUAUCCAACUUCAAUGUUAAAAUUGCUUUUAGGCAUCUGCAGGGCUUUUCUUAAAACACAGAAUGUGUCACUGCCUUUCCAAUUUGCAUCAGAUAGAAAAAAAUUGCAAAAUAUUUAUUCAUGCUGGUUAACAGGAUGGGCUCAGCUACACUUGAACUCUGUGGGAGGUUUAGCUUAAAAAUCUGAACUCUCUAAUUUCAGUUUUGCAAAUGAUGUUUAGUUCUUCUAAAAGCCUUGACCAAAUUCUUAGAUGUGAACCUUGCAUCCAACUUUUGCAGUCUGGUCUUGUCCCUCAGUGUUAGCUGGAAUAAAUACAAUCCAGCCAAAACAGAGUGCCUCACAAUCUGCUGUGGCUUUUGAAAAAGCUGGAACAGAAAAUUAAAUAAUUCUGUUCAACCUUCAGUCUGCAGAAGGUCAGCUGAGUUUCAUGAGACAACUUUCAAAGGGAUGUUUAAUUUCUCUGAUUGUAAGUUUCACUGGCUUUAAAAUCAGCAGAGAGAGAAAGCCUUGAUAGAAUCAAUAAGGUCCUUCUUGAAUUCCCUUUCUUUCAUCCAAAUGAAGGAAGCAGUGGGUUUUGUAGCAAAGGAAGUGCAUGUACCACCAGUCCCAUGGCCCAGAACAAAAGUUGAUCUAGAAAUACAGCUCUCAACCAUCACCUUGUUCUCAACUAGGAUAAAAAUGCCAUUGUUCAUUGCUAUAAAUCUGGGCCACAGCUAGAAACUACCUAGUUUUUGUAGCGCUAGCUGCUGUACAAACACAUAUGAAGGCAAGGAAUUACACACCAAGGAAUGUGAGCUGUGUACAUGUGAAAUGGACCAUUAUUUUGAAGCAGCUGCAGUAAAAUCUUAAUAUGAACUCAGAAGCAAACACAAUGCAAAUUUUUAUGGUUUCUUUAAAAUAUUUGAUGGAUUUUCAUUUUCUUAGUUUGAAGAAAAGUUUCUUAAUGUUAUUUUAUUUUUGCUCUUACUGUAAAGAAUAAAAAUUCUAGACAGACAACAAAAGAAAAAAAGUGGCCAGUUGGCAAGAUUGCCAAAACUUCUGUGGUCUGUAUUGUUUCUGUGGUGACACUGUGCUGCUGUCAAGUGAGCUACUGGAGUGGUGUGAUGGCUCAAAAGUGAGGCUGAAGCACAAGAUGCACGUAUUGAGCCACCAAGACUUCAGUGGUAGCAUGACUGGGCCAGUUUGGAUCAGUCAAAGACAGAGCAUAAGGAAAUAAAAGACAACUUCCUGACAGAAGAAAAGCAAGGAACCAAAACCAGCCCAUUGGGCGAUGGUGCUGAAUCACUACAAACAUUUUUAUCUGACCCUGCUUCUGCAGGUUCCUGCUGGACCAAGCCUUGCUCCUAAUUCAGCUGGGGAGGCUUGCUCCAAGCCUAUGGUGCUGGCAGGGUCAGGCCAGCAGAACCUGAAGCUUUGUUAAAUAUAACUCAAAAACCAGAAAGCAACAGCAAAAGCAAGACUCAAACCCUAAAACUACCAAAAAAACCCCAAAAACCCCAACCAAAACAAAACAAAAAUGCACCAAAAAAAACCCAAACCAAACCAACAACCAACCAACCAACAAAAAAAAGCCCCAAGGAAGAAGAAAGCAAAUGCCACUGGGUAAGUGGCAGUUCUGCCUGACUGAGAAUGCAGAGUGGCUGGUCUAUCCUGAACACUAAUGUCUAUGUCUUGGACCCAUGCGAGUCUCUUGCUCCAGCCCCUCUCCCACACAUUCCAGGCAGAGUGCACUGAAAAUGUGACUGAAGCAGCUGCUCUCCUCUGGGGAAUCAAGCACUUUGCCAUGUCUGAAAGUCUCUAGCACUUACUUUCUUUACUGUGAUUGUAAAGGUCACCACAUACAGUACAGCCACUUGAUCUGGGAUCUUUUCUUAACACAUUUUUAUGCUGAUUUUACUAUUCUUUGUUUGGAAUGUAUUUUUUUUUUUCUCAUUUCUUCUGUGUAUAACAGCAAUUAAAAAUAUUAAUUUACUCAGUAUUUUUACUGUGCAGAUACAACGUCUCCUUGCUCAUUUUCUGUUUCUGUCACUGUUUCAGGAUGAAAUGUGAGGCUCCUCUGUGGUGGGCAGCUUUUUGUCAUUGUUACACCCUCCAGCAUAAUUUGUGCUGGAGCUGCUCAGCACCCUACUAAAGCUGAAUGUCACAGUCAGCCACAGCAUUCCUACCUGGGGAACCCUGAAAAACACCCCAUUCACCUACAGAGCACUUCCAACAAACCAACUAGGCACCUGGCUGGUGUUAUGCUACACCACAUCCUCAGUGCCCCUUGGAUGCCAGUCUCUGGGACAAGCUUGUCCCUUGCUGCUCCAGCCAGUCUCACAGACAAUUGCCAUUUGUCUACACUUCCAGGGAGAAGGGAGCUUGCUGCACAGGGCUGCUCCAGGAAGACUGCUUACUGCCAGGAAUUCCCAGACUAAUGGCCAAAUCUUUCUUGCCCCUUGCCCAGGAAAAAUUUCCAGGAGGAAAGGAGUAGUCUCCACAUUUUUCUCUGGCUGGGGAUGUGAUGCCAGCUUCUUCAGCUGUUUGAUGCAGUGGCACAGAUAUUUUGUUUCAUUAAUCCUGAACCAGGCCAUCUGUCACCAGUGGAACAGGUUCCAAGGAUUUAUAGCAUAGAAACACAGUGGGUGUAAGUGCUCCCAGUCAGUUAAAUGGAUCUGCUCCCAGGCUUAAUGGAGACUCUUUCAUCCUCCCCUCCUGAAGUGGAACGGUUCCUCAUGUGAGAAUUAAUCAGUACCAGGCUGAUACACAACCAAAUUAUUUCAGGGCAGCCUAAAGGGGUUAACAGAAGGCAAAAGGGAGUGAUUAUCUCCUCUUCCUUUUAUUUGGUCUUUUACAAUUUUUUUCAAAAUCUUAGAGGCCUGCUGGGAGGAGCAUCCUGUUUCCUCAUACCUCCUUCCUAGCUCCAGAUGGAACAAAAGUGAUACAAUAUUCUCAGACUGAGUGUGUCUGGGUCACUGGCCACUGCUAUAUUUUUAUUCCAGAACUGGCUCCUGGAAGAUUUCAGUCUACAUUAAAAGAACCAGCAAUAAUAUAUGUAUAUUUGUAUUGAUCCACCUGUCAGCCUGUUCAAUGAUUCAGAUUUUCUGUAAUCCCUUAUCUAGGCAUGGCCAUCAGCAGUGAAGUUCCUGCGCUUUUCUGUGGCCAGCUCUUUUACAAAGUGACUCCCUCAUUUGCAAAUCUGUAUUUACUUGGUAUUGUAAGGAUUUAAGUAUUUCAGAUUUAUUCAGGCUUAUUCUGUGUUUCUAUACAAUCUCACAUAAAGAAGUGUAAAAUACGGAGUUCCUGCUGGGCUAUCUGGAGAAAAGGAGGCAGAAUCCACAUCUCUUCUUGAAUGUGGAAGCAGGAUUCUCUCUAAUCUUUGGCUCCUUUUAUUACCAUUAAGAUACAUUAGCAGAGGGUAUUGGAAAUAUCACCUUUAACAUCCUACUGUACAAAAUCACUUAAAGGGAAGGAAGAUGGAAACACUGCAAGUGCUCCUGAUGAUGCACCACUCUACCACCUGGUCUAACUGACCUUUCACAGAAGCCAAAGGCAGCUGCAUUUUGAGCCACAUGAAGACAAACUACACAGCCACAACAAUGCUGUUCUGCAUGCCAAACCAGGCACAGCUAGUUCCACUAAUUAUAUCUUAUGUUUCAACUUCUGCAAACUUCCUGUCCCUGUGUCCAUCUUUUUCUUAAGGAAAAGAAAAAGACUAAGUGCCAUAAUUAGUGUAGUCAACUAAGUUUUGAGUGGAAGUCUCACAAAGUUAUGGAUAAAAAGCUUUGUAAAAUUUUUAAAGGUUUUAAAGAUCUAUAAGACUUUCCACUGCAUAAAGGAAAAAGUUGUCUGGUAGUUUUCAUAGGAAGUGACAGUUCAAAUUUAGGGAGUUCUCAUUUUCACUCCCAUUUCCCCUUGUUUACUUCAGCACUGUUCUGAAUAAUUCGCUUUGGGUCUAAUAGUCUUUGUGUUCUUUGCAACCUGCCACCUCCCAGCCUAAGGAAAAUUAUGUUCACCCCCUCUGAGCUACAACAGCAGCAAAGCUGCUGCUGUGUUUCACUGAAGUGGUGCAGUGCCCUAUUUGUUUUUGCAAAUAUUAUGAAAAAGGCUAAAACUGAAAAACCUGACUAAGCAGAAGACUGCAAGUAGAGAAGAGAAAUAGAAAAGUACCGUAAGUAUUGAGUUUGUGUGGCAAGGCUUUGGUGGCAGGAGGAGAUUGCAGGGGUGGCUUCUGUGAGAGGUUGCUGGAGCUUCCCCUGUGUCCAGUAGAAGCAAUGGGUCCAAGUGUCUCUGUGUCAACACUAUUGAGAAGGGGAAGAAAACUGCAACAGCAACUGCAGCCAAAGAGAGGAGUGAGAAUAUGUGAGAGAAAAGGAAAGAGGAGAAAAGAUGAGGCAUGAUGAACUGACCACAGCCCCCAUUCCCCAUCCACCUGCACCAGUGGGUAAAGGAGGUAAAGAAUUCUGAAAUAAAGUUAAGCCCAGGAAGAAGAGAGGAGUAGGGGAAAGAUGUUAUAAAACUUUGGGGUUUACUUUCCUUACCCUACUCUGAUUUGAUUGAUAAUAAAUUAAAUUCCCCAA